AUGUCCACCACCGACAACCAAGUCGCCCCUCUGAAAGAUGAAACCAAAGUAGCGCAGGAUUCGGAGGCGCCCCUACGCAAGUCGUGGCGCUUCUGGGCCAUCAUCUUGUCCCUGUCGCUGACGGGCCUCUGCUCCGCCAUCGAGGGCACCAUCAUCACCAGCGCCCUGCCCACCAUCACCGCCACCCUCAAGGGCGGCAAUGCCUACAUCUGGGUGCCGAAUGCGUACUUUCUCGCGUCGAUUGCGACGCUGCCACUAUUUGCGCAGGCGAGCAAUGUGUUUGGGCGGCGAUGGUUGAUUCUGGGGGCCGUAGCUCUGUUUGUGCUCGGGAGUGGGCUGUGCGGGGGGUCCUCGUCGAUGAGGAUGCUCAUUGCGGCUCGGACGGUACAAGGGCUAGGCGGCGGCGGUAUCGCCCUCAUGAUCAACAUUAUCAUGACCGACAUCGUGUCCCUGCGCGAACGGGGCAAAUACAUGGCGUUGACCCAGAUGGCGGCCACCAUCGGCGCGGCCCUCGGGCCCUUCAUCGGUGGUGUGAUUACGAGUCGGUCGUCGUGGCGCUGGGUCUUUUACAUCAACCUGCCGAUUGGGGGGACGGCUUUCGUCUUCCUCUUCUUCUUCCUCCGCCUCAACUACGAACGCAACCAGUCCUGGAAGCAGCGUCUCGCUCGCAUCGACGUCUUUGGUAACGCAGUGUUUAUUACGGCCGUUGUGGCCGUGCUCCUCGCCCUCACCUGGGGCGGCACCAUCUAUGAAUGGGGCACCUAUCACAUCAUUGUUCCCCUGGUCCUCGGCUUCGUUGGCAUCGGCCUCUUCCUUGCCGUUGAAUGGACUAUCGUCAAGGAGCCCUCCUUUCCGCGAAAGAUCGUCUCCAACCGGACCUCUACCGUGGCGCUCAUCCUGACGAUGAUCCACACGCUCUGCACAUACUGGGCGUUCUAUUUCCUUCCCAUUUACUUCCAGGCGGUCCAGGGCAAAUCCGUCAUGAGAUCCGGUAUCGAUACCCUCCCGAUCUUCGCGGGGAUCCUUCCCUUCGGCAUUAUUGGCGGUAUUCUGCUGUCCAAAAUCGGCCGGUAUAAACCCCUCCAUAUCGUCGGCUGGAUCCCCGUGAUAAUCGCCUUCGGCCUAUUCAGCCUCCUGACACCGGGAUCGCCCCCCGGUGCCUGGGUGUGCUUCCAGCUCCUUUGUGCCAUCGGUGCUGGGCUCCUCGCUUCCAUUUUGCUACCGGCGGUCCAGGCGCCCUUGGACGAGGGAAUGGUCGCUACAGCCACGGGGGUGUGGAGUUUUGCGAGAGGGUUCGGGAGUGUCUGGGGCGUUACUAUUCCCAGUGCGAUCUUUAAUAACCAGUGUCGGAAGAAUGCGGCGGCUCUUAUUCAGGAUCCGGACGUCGCGCAGUAUCUGACGGGGGGGAAGGCUUAUCAGUAUGCGACACAGGAGUUUUUAAAUUCUAUUGAGGACCAGACGUCCAGGGCGCAGGUCGUCGAGGCUUUUCAUCAGUCUCUUCGUACGGUGUGGUAUGUCGGGGUCGCUUUCGCCGCUCUGGGGUUCCUCUUGACCUUUGUGGAGAAGGAGAUUGAGCUACGUCGCAAGUUGAAUACGAAGUUUGGCAUGGAGGAGAAGAAAGAAGGUCAGCAGUCGGGGAAUCAGGAAGCUGGGGAGGAAGCGCACGAUACGCCUGCGGAGGAGUCGGAAAAGGCUUAA